CUAUUUCAUGAUUAAUCUAAUAUAAUAUUUAUUCAGUAUUAUACAUGUUAGUGAAUUUUUGUUAGUUUUGAUCAAUCUAAAACUACCUGACUCUUUUAAAAACAAAAUAAAAAAAACACGAAUCACUGAGAACCAAGGGUUUUAUACGAAAGACGCCCCCAUUUGAAAACACAGGCCCCAACGCGAUGAGUUGAACGACGACCAAACCGCGCGUCGCGAAAAGUACACGAUGAACCUAUUAAAAUCUUUUGCCUUCGUCUUCCUCCUCCGUCCUCAGAUCCACCAUUGCCUAGUCCACUAAUAGCACCAUCCAAGAGGAACAGAAACCUCUUGCUAUUUGGGACUUGGGAGCUGGGAAGAAAGCGAGGGAAGAUGGAGCAGAGCAUGAUGCUUCCGAGCGCCGAGCUGUCGGCGUCCAACGGCGGCGGCGGCGCCAGUGGCCUGCCGACCCUGCCGGACUUCUUGGGCAGGAAGAGCAAGUACGUGCGCAUGGACGACGUGCUCCCUCUGGAGCAGGAAGGCGAGGACGGCGGCGGCGUCUGUGUCCGUGAGCGCCAGAGCAGCAGGAGAUAUGUCUUCGCCUGCUCCGUGUUCGCCUCCCUCAACUCCGUUCUGCUCGGCUACGAUGUUGGUGUGAUGAGCGGUUGCAUUAUGUUCAUUCAGAGGGAUCUUCACAUCAACGAGGUGCAGCAGGAGGUCCUGGUGGGUUGCCUCAGCUUCAUCUCCCUCCUCGGCAGCCUUGCCGGCGGGAGGACAUCGGACGCAUUGGGCCGGAAGUGGACCAUCGGCCUCGCCGCCGUCGUCUUCCAGGCCGGCGCGGCCGUCAUGACGCUGGCCCCGUCAUUCGGUGUCCUCAUGGUGGGCCGCCUGCUGGCCGGCAUCGGCAUCGGGUUCGGCAUCAUGAUCGCGCCGGUGUACAUUGCCGAGAUAUCCCCCGCGGUGUCCAGGGGCUCCUUCACGUCCUUCCCGGAGAUCUUCAUCAACCUCGGCAUCCUCCUCGGGUACAUCUCCAACUACGCCUUCUCGGGCCUCCCCGACCACAUCAACUGGCGCGUCAUGCUCGCCGUCGGCAUCCUGCCGUCCGUGUCCAUCGCCUUCGCGCUGCUCGUGAUCCCGGAGUCGCCGCGGUGGCUGGUCAUGCAGGGCAGGGCCGACGAGGCGCGCGCCGUGCUCCUCAAGGUCACCGACACCGAGGACGAGGCUAAGGAGAGGCUCGCCGAGAUCGAGGCUGCUGCGGCAGGCACCACCACGGGCGCCGCUGGCAAGUACGGUGACAGGACGGUGUGGCAGGAGCUCUCGAGGCCAUCCCCGGUGAUCGCCCGGAUGCUCGUCACCGGAGUAGGCAUCCAGUGCUUCCAGCAGAUCACGGGCAUCGACGCGCUGGUGUACUACAGCCCGACCAUCUUCCGGGACGCCGGGAUCUCCACCGAGCGCCAGCUCCUCGCCGCCACCGUCGCCGUCGGGUUCUUCAAGACGGCGUUCAUCGCGCUGGCCAUCGUGCUGAUCGAUCGCGUCGGCCGGAAGCCGCUGCUGUACGUCAGCACGGUCGGCAUGACCGGCUGCCUGGCGGCGCUGUCCGCCGCGCUCUUCCUGCAGGCGCGUGGGUCGGUGUCUCGCGCCGCCGGCGUUGGCGUUGAUAAAAAACAGGAUCUACUAGCAGUGAAUCGAGUCGGGGUACAAAUAACAUAUAGCAGUAAACAGUGGCACAUGCAUAUGAUUAAUCUACUACUAGAAACAGAGAAACAGAUAGGUUAGGGUUU